AUGGAGCAAAUCGAAACACAGGCGUCGGAUUUGCGCUACCUGGCGCAGGCUCCCGCCGCGCUCAGCGACACUGCAAGCGUAUCCUAUGAUACACCGCGGCCUGGGCCACACGCCAGUCCGUCUGGUUCCGCUUCGUACGGAGACAAUUCCGCUGCCGUCGCUGCGUCUGCGUCCGCCUCGACUGCCAGCAAGAGGAAGUCGAUGGGCGAUGGCGAUGGAGCGGCGCAGAAACAGACGAGGAGCAAAAGGAAUCGGCGAUGCGGCAACCUGAACCUGGCGUGCCUAUACGCCCCCAACUGCUGCUCGAACAACUUCAAAGACUCGGACGAGUUUAAGAGCGUCACCAGCCAGCUCCGUCGCCUGCAAGAAGAAGUCAGCCGGCUGAACCAGACCAUGAAAGCCUUGCAGGCAGAGUCGACUCGUCUCGUGGCGCCCCCAACCGAUCGCGGUCUGAACGGGGGACCUGGCUCAACUCUUGCGCCGUCGCCCGUACUGAGCUCCACGUCCACGUCCAUGCCCAGACCAGACCUGACGCACGCCAAGGUCGGAGCGUUUCGGGGCACUACCAGCAUGGCCUACAGUCUAGAUGUCGCAAAUACCACCAUUGCCAACAUGGGAUAUCACGGCAUGGACGACACAGACCACCAAGACCACCAAGGGAGCGAUGUCGCCAUCCAGGUCACUGCCACCAAUGCUGGUCUCGAUCCCCUCGUGGAGUUUGGCAAGGAUGAAAUGGUUCGGCUGUGCCGAUUCCAUGAAGAUGAGAUUGGUAUAAUGUACCCCGUCCUCAACAUCCACAGUGUCAUCGCUCACGCCAAGAAUAUUGCGCCGUUUUUGGACUCGUUGCGUAGGCAGCCGCAGCCGUCGGAGCUCAUCAACGACGACAAGACGUUGCAGCUCAAAAUGGUCAUGUGCUGUGCGCUGGUUACAGAGUCCCAUGGCCACAGCGACAGAGCCAUUCGGCUGUAUGAGAGCAUGGAGGGGGUAGUCAACAAAAAGUUGAUGUCUGAUCGCAGUGAUGUGGCCAACUUGCCGGUUCUUUGCUUGCUUGCUGGUUACAGGUUUCUUUCCUGCGACGAAGUCCUGGCCUGGAGAGUCAUCGGCCAAGUUGUACGCCUCUGCCUGGAGGCUGGCAUACAUCAGACGAGGGGUCUGACAAGGAUCCGGGACGACGUGGAGAGGAGGAAUGCACUCAACAGCUUCUGGUCGGCAUAUGUGCUCGACAGGCGAUGGGCGUUCGGCACCGGCCUUCCAUACUCGGUGCAGGACGAUGAAAUCGAUCCCACGCUACCGCUACCCGACGAGUACCCGUUCCUUGUCGCCAUGAUUACCUACUCGCGCCUUGGUGCCAAGGUCUGGCGCCAAGUGUCACAUUUUGGACCCGUUUUGGCUCGCGAACUACGCCAGGAAGAGAUUGACAGUCUUGACCGAGAGAUUCUACAGUGGUAUGAAAAGGUGCCCGACGAGGUCAAGAUUCGCAUCUGGCUGUAUACUCCUAUUCUGCACAGCGCCACAAGCAUCAUGCAGCAUCCGGGCCAAGCACAGCGCGUCGUCGACCUUGCCAAGGACACCAUACAGUAUCUAAACCACUUGAACGGCACCACGAACCUGUAUCGACGGUCGCAAACCUUCUACCACCAGUUUCUCGCCUCGGCCAUUUCCGUGGUGUUUCUCGCGUCGGUCCAUGCCCCCGUCCGAUUCAGUGCUGUUUGCAGGGAGGAGUUCUAUCUCGCCCUCGACCUGGUGAAGGACCUGUCGGCCAAGAGCUGGGUUUCCAAGCGCCUCUGGCGCACCAUCAAGUCGCUCAAGGACGUGGCACCACGAUUCGGCCUCAACCCGGACGACGAUGCCCAUUCCAGUGCCGCACUCGGCAUGAUUGGGCUCGCCAGGGGUCAUCUGGACGCCAGCCCCGUCACGCAGUCGCAGUCCCCUUUCCCCAGCCUGGCCAUGCCUGCGAGCCACCACGUCCCAGAGCAGCCGGUAGAGAAAAACGGCAGGCUCAUCCAAAGCGAGCUGUCGCGAAUUUUCGAGGGCUACGUCGGCUUGAACGGUUUCCAUUUUGGAGACGAACGAGUCGCUCCGCACAACAACCUCGGCACGUCCGACUCUGCCGCCGGCAUCUUCACGCCCGACGGAACCGUGUUUCCGCACCUGAGGGACAUGUUCUAG